CUUCAUCAAUAUGUUUCCCAAUGUCCUUUUCUCUCAGGAGCGACCUUGGGCCUGAUGUGGGCUACGAGGCCAUUGGGAUAGUUGAUAGCAGCCUACCAACAGUAGGAGUGUUUGCAAAAGCCACUGCCAAGGAUACACCUAGAGCUGCCACAGAGCUAUCAGGAACUGGAAUCCGGUCAGAGAGUGAGACAGAAGACACAGCCACCAGCCCAGUGGCCUCCCCCACGCCCGCUCCCUCUGGAUCCCACAAAGACGAGUACGGAAAGGGAGUCAUCUUCUACCUGAGGGACAAGGUGGUGGUGGGAAUCAUCCUGUGGAACGUGUUCAACAGGAUGCCCAUCGCUAGGAAGAUCAUCAAGGACGGAGAGGAACACUCAGAUCUGAACGAAGUUGCCAAACUGUUCAACAUCCACGACGAUUAAGAUGGCCGCCACUUAUGAAAGCAGGGAGAGUUACGUUUCAUGUUAAAACUGAACUUUGGCAGGCAUUGCCUGCCUCACUCUUGAAGACACAACCGAUCACACAAGAAAAAACAACAGAAUUCAUGUAAAUGAUGUCAUGUCGCUGAAAUGUGUUUCAUAAAUGGGAAUUUCUGUGUUUCACCUGUUUACGCUUCUUUUUCUAUCCAGGAAAAAUCAUUGUCUUCUUUUCCACCCAAAACCUUUGCUCAUGUUUAGAAAAAAACAAGAUGUGAUGUGCCAGUAGUGUCAUACCAGUUUGCACAAAUGCUGAGCGUGGAAUAUUGUUUUUCUGUGUGUGAUCAGAGCAGCUCGUCGUGAGAGAAGCUGCAAUAAAGGCUAUUUUUAAAUUGGA